GAGCAGGAAAACCAUGCUGUCCGACGCGAGGACCUGAGCAGGCUCACAUGGUGAUAGACUAUAGACUAGCCUACAUUUAAAGGUCAUAAUAGGCGUUGCCACCACAAGUUUGAUAAAGCUGAUAAAAUGAAAGAUUAUGGAAGACUUGGUAUCGUGAUUAUUGUGUUCACCUGUUGUGGAGCUGCCUUUGAAGUGAGAGUUCCCCAGAAGCAGGUGGUGGCAGUCCAUGGGUUUCCAGCUGCCAUUUUGGGGUGCACCUUCACACCUCCUCCCAGCCUACAAGACGUUGUUGUGACCUGGCAGCGAGUAGAGGACUUAAGGGUGGUUCACAGCUUCUAUUACGGAACUGAUCAGCUGGAUCGACAAAGUGCGGACUACAAGAGCAGGACAAGCUUGUACCGCGAACAGCUUUCAAGCGGGAACGCCACUCUAAGGCUGGCACAGGUCAGCCCCCGAGACACUGGGCACUACCUAUGUAGUGUCAGUACUUCACAGGGAUCAGACAAGGCAGAUGUGCAGCUGAGUUAUGCAGCUUUCUUCUCAGAACCCAGGCUCUCUAUCCUGGCCCACAGCUCCAACUUCACUCUCCAAUAUGAGAGCGAGGGCUACCCACAACCUGAGGUCCAGUGGAGGGAUGGGUCGGGUCAGAACCUCACACACAACACCCAAGUGCUUCAGUCAGAUGUGGACCCUGGUCUGCUGAAGCUCCAAACCCAAGUGGUUGUCGACAUGGCCGAGGGUUUGAACUGGACUCUCACUGUGGUCAACCAUCCCCUGGGACAGGUCAUCCAGAGACCUGUUAGCUUCAUUUAUGAUGAUCAGAGAAACCGUGUGGACUGCAACAGAGAGAGGCUUGCUCUGUUAUGUCCAAUUGCAUUUUGUGUAAUUGGCUCAAUAUUACUGUUUUGGGUACGACAGCCAUUGUGCUCCAUUUUAAAUAACAGGUAAAGUAAAUCAGCAAAGUGCACAAACCUAAGUUAUAGACAUAACUUACAAUCUGUUUGUAAGUUUGACCUCACUCAGAUAGUCACUAUGGUCUUCACCUAUGGAUGACUCAUACCAUCAGGGUCAUGAAGGAACGGAGGGCUCCACUGCAGAGCAGUGGUUCCCAAACCUUUGUGGCUCAUGGUACCCCUAAACAUAUUUUUCUCCAUCCACAACACCCCUAUUUUUUUAACGUUUUACUCUCAACCUGCUUUAUUUGUACUUCCUUCCAUUUUAGUUAACCUUGUGAUAUGUUGGAUAGACCAAAACUGCUUUUAUUAUAAGCCUAUGAGAAAGUGAGUUUUAUUCCCUUUUUUAUUCAAAUGAACCACUCUCUUUAAUUCAAAUCAUUUAAUAGAACUUUUGAAAAAAAGAAACAGUGAACAGAAUAUGAAAAGAAAUAUCAGGAAUAGGCUUUCAACUAAAGUGCAUGAAAUGUCUGCACCUCUAUCACAACUGUAUUUUGAAAUUGAUAUUAUGGCUAAUUUCUUUGUGUAUCACAGCACCCAGGGUGCUCCGGCACCCACUGUGAAAACCCCUGCUGUAGAGAGUACAGCUGAACCCAGUAGGGCUGGCGCUGCCACCUUGACUCUGUAGAAACGAGAAAAUGCGCAUGGGGCACUCCAAGAUGCUGCUGCAUAAAUUUCCGUCACAGAUACCCCUCUUAAAUCUCAAACCAGGGGGAGAUCCCAUGAUGGAGCUCUUAGUGCCCUGCCUAGCUGCAGGCGGUAUGCCCCCCUGACAGCUUGAGACACCAAGGUUGCAUCCCAAUGUACACACCUGUGUCAUUGGAUCUGCUAGUGUCCGCUGCAUCUACAACCCAAAUUCCGAAAAAGUUUGUAAUAAUUUGAAUUAAAAAAAGAACGCUAUGAUUUACAAAUCAUGCCAAUCCUAUAUUUAAUUGAAAAUAGUUCAAAGACAACAAAUCAACUGUUGAAGGAGAGAAAUGUUAUUGUCUUUUUUUUUUGGAGGGGGGGGGGGGUCACCUUUUUUGGAGUAAAGCUCAAACCAGGAAGCGAUCCCAUGAUAGAGCUCUUAGUGCCCUGCCUGGUUGCAGACGGUAUGCCCCCUUGACAGCUUGAGACACCAAGGUUGUUUCCCAAUGUACACACCUGCGCCUUUUUUGGAGUGUCCCUCUAGGCUUGAGACGCAGAUGAUAUCCUGGCUGCUGCAGUGGCAGCUGCUUUAUACCACUAGCAGGGGCUACAAACAGAGACACUUAUAUAUUAAAAAGACUUUGCUACAAAGUUCUGAAAUCUGUCUCCUGUCAAACCUGCUGAGUCUGGUGUGGGGGAUAAGAGUAGCCCCCCGACUCUAAUGAAUGUACGAGAAACAGACUCUUCUGUGUGGCAAGACUUCUCAGCCUUAUUCAGAACACUCUGGGAGUCUGGAUGAAACGCAUUACAGUGCUCUGCCACCAUAUUGGUGAGUUAUUUUCUGAUAUUUUCCGGUAUAGCGAGGUCUGCUUCAGCCAAAUCUGCCUGCGCACUAGAACAGCUGAUGACAUGUCAGCACCAAUAUUUAAGGGCAACGCUCACUGGCGGUAUCUGUCAAGUGACGUCAACGUUUAGAACUCCACUGCUUUUAACAUGGCAAAGCCCACUGGGCUCGGGUGCGUCAACACCAAAGUUUAGAGAAUCUCUUGAGCAUCAAAUCCAUAGGCCCAAAUGUCGUCGCCAGUGGACAUUGGCCUUAAAGCCCUGUCGUCAACAGCCUGUUGGCCAGGAUGCUUGUGUUGAAGGGUGAGCCAAGCCUCCUGGGGUCAGUCACAUGACUUUACUGAUAUAUCUUCUUGAGGAUGGGUAGAAGGAUGGCAUCCUAAUUGUGCUGUAUUGUAAAAUACAAUGGCAACAAAAGCAUUCAAUUCAAUCAUUCAUAUGUGAAGACUGUGCUGACAUUCUGAGUGAAGUCAAAAUAGAUCUAAAGUCGUUGUAAAAUGUGUGGGACCAUUGAACUGAUAACUGAUGUUUGUAUAGGAUUUUGUGCAUGGUAUUGAGUUAGCAAAUAUAUUUUACUUUUUUAUUAUGUGACAUUUACUUAGAUUGUAGACUUAGUCUCUGUGUUAUUUAAAUUAAAUUAAGUUAAAUUAGGGCCCAAACUGUUACAGUGUUAGGCAGAGCACAAUAUGUAGAGAUUUCUUCACCUCUUUUGCACUGUCACUGAAUCUCUUGAAAUAUGUAUCGAUUAUGUUGCACUGCAAAAACUUCCGUUGGACUCAUAUUGAAUCAAUUUUGACCUUCAAAAGAUGUGUUCUUCCAUGAUGAUUGACCUUGUAAAAUGAAGAGAAUGUUGCUGGACAACAGCGGUAACCAAGGUUGCCUACAGGAACAAAUUGACCUCAUUCUUGCCCAUCUGAAAUAACUCCUCUAGCUUUGCAGCCUCCAUCCUUUCUGUUAUUGUUGUUUACAAAAAAAAUAGCUGAAUUCGCUGAACAUUGUUUGUUGGUAACCAGCAGGAAGUAGCUUGCAAGUUCAGUAACCACUCAAUUACUGCAUGUGUGCACUCUCAUUCUCUCUCCUCUCUCUCUCCACAUUGUGCUGCAAGUAGGAUACAUUUGUUUAUUUUAUAGAAAAGUAUAAACGUUAAUUUGCUACAGUGCAGUGAAGAGUUGGGAAGAUAUGAUAAGCCAAUUUGUAGUAAAUAUUUACAAGGGAAAUUCUCUCCCCCCCUCGUUGCUGAGUAGCCUGAUGGUGAGAACAUUGCGUACGGCAGUGUACCUGCAGGCACCAGUGACACAAGAGAUACAUCUGAACAUUCCUGAUAUUCACAUUCUUGAGAUACAUUUCAGAUACCUCCAAACACAUCCCUGAUAUUCACAAUUUCAUUGUAUGUAUUUAUCAUUUUGUAGAUUUGUUUUGCAGUUUCAAAGUUAACAGUAAAAGUAAAGUUACUGGAUUGAAGUAAAAUUACUGAUUAAGUUUCAGCAUGGGAAAUGAUAAAAGUGAAAUUACACUUUUGCUACAAGCAUUAUCAGUAUUUAUGUUUAUUAUAAUACUUGCAUCUGUCAAGGUUUUUAAAUGCUGCAUCUCUGUUAAGGCUGUUAAAUAUUAUUACACUAAAGUAUAAGUGCAGCAAAAAGGCUUCUAACACUAACAGUAAGACCUUGUGUGGUGUUUGCAAGGUUUUGCAUAGUCCUGCUGGAUAAUGUGAUGUUAUCAGUAAGAAUUAUAGGUCUUUUAACUGUUCAACUACACAAAUGGUACACUCGCUGCCUCCUGAAUGAUAAAAAAAUGUUUCUGAUGAAGGCCUGAUGGAUUGAAAGCCCAUUGCUUGAUGGUACAAGAAUUGAUGCAGUGACUAAUUUUGAUUGUAGUCAACAAUAGUGUCAAUAGAGUCAAUAACCAAUAACCUGAAGGAAUGGAUUUUAAUAUCAUUUUCUUUUCUAAUAUUUUGGGCACAAAAUUGAGGUUGUGUUAAAAUCUGGAUUUGGGCCUUAGAAUAUGUGUUUAUGUUAACGAAAACAUGUUGCUUGAGACACACUGUUUACUUGUACAUGUCAUCUGCUGCUAAUAAACUAAUGAGAUCCAUUAAUA